AUGGCACGUUACAACAGCACCCGGGUGACUGAAUUCAUCCUCCUGGGUUUCACUUCCAGACGUGACAUUCAGCUCCUUCUCUUCAGCAUCUUUCUACCCGUCUACCUCCUCGGUCUGGUGGGGAACCUCUGCUUGGCCAUCCUGAUCCGGGCCGAACGGUCCCUGCACACGCCUAUGUACUACUUCCUGAGCCAUCUGGCCCUGAUAGACUUGUGCUCCUGCUGCACCGUGGCCCCCAAGAUGCUCCUGGGUCUCUGGAAAGGCCAAGACACCACUCCUGUCCCAGCGUGUGCCCUUCAGAUGUUCUUCUUCGCGGCUGCCUCAGACGCCGAGUGUUGCCUCUUGGCCGCCAUGGCUUAUGACCGCUACGCAGCCAUCUGCCGCCCACUCCACUACGGAAUGGCCAUGCCGCAGUCCCUCUGUCGCCUCCUAGUGGCGGUGUCCUACACAGCAGGGGUGGCCUCCGGAGCCAUCCACUCGAGCAUGGCCUUUCGCCUGCCCUUCUGUGGAGCCCGCACUCUGGACCACUUUUUUUGCGACAUCCCUCCCGUGCUAGCUUUGGCCUGCGCCAACACUAACCUGAACCAGCUCCUGCUCUUGACGGUCUGUGGGGCGAUCCAGAGUGUCACUUUGGCGGCCAUUAUGGUUUCCUAUGGAAUGAUCCUUUGUACGGUGGGGCGGGCAGGGUCUCAAAGAGCCGUAUCCACUUGUGGCUCCCACCUGACAGCUGUGGGGGUGCUAUACAGCACCCUCAUUUUCAUGUACCUGCGGCCUGACGGAACCUACGCCCCCCAGACUGACAAGAUGGCCUCUGUCUUCUACACAGUGGUCAUCCCCACCCUAAAUCCAGCCAUCUACAGCCUCCGUAACGUUGACGUGAAGCAAGCGGUCCGGAGGAGAUUCAGUAAGCAGAGUAGAACGUGA